AACGCUUCGACCACGUGAGUUGGUGACGUCACGGUAAACCAGAGCAGACCGAAGCAUGCUGAAAGUCACACGCGUGACCGCGAGCUUAGGUCGCGCGCUGCGGUGCUCGACUGGAAGUUCCAUCUCACUUCCGGGUUCCGGAACGGCAUCGGGACGCGUUUUGGGCCGACACGCGCACGACAGAAUCCCACGUGGACUAGAACAGAGCUGCACGGUGGACCCGAACCAGGAAGAACGCUUCUGGUUCGCGGAGGUCACAGAUCCAGAGGAGGAACCUGUUAUGACGGAUGUCGGUCCAAAGCAGAGCUCGCCGCCGCCUCCUACUCUUCGUCGUCCUCCCAGCAGGGCUGUGCAGCUUCAUUUGAAGAACUUAACCAGCCCGGACCUUGAGGAUGAAUCCCUCAUUCAGUUCCACGAUGCAGACCUUCCGCUGUGCCCGAGCGUGGUGGCGUCCAUCAAGAAAAAAAAGGCGGCGCUUAAGGAAGAGCACAAGAUCUACGGGACGCCAGAUUCAGAGGAACCCAUUAGCGAUACCCGUUGCCCUGGCUGCGGCGCCGUCCUGCACUGCGCCCACACCGAGGUCCCAGGGUACCUGCCGAGCGAGAAGUACAAGGUCCUGCUACGGGAGGAACGGCUCAAUAGCGCUACCUGCCAGCGAUGCCAUUUGCUGCGCCACCAUCAAAAGGCCCUGAACCUGCAAGUGUCCAAGGACGAGUUCCGCAACGUGCUGCGGGAGAUCCGCUCCCAGAGAGCGCUGGUCCUUCUCAUCGUGGACCUCCUGGACGUCCCCGACUCGGUUGUCCCGGAACUUCCGGACUUGGUGGGUCCCAACAAACACGUGGUGGUUUUGGGCAACAAGAUCGACCUGCUUCCCGCAGACUCGCCCAACUACCUGCGACGAAUCCGACGGCAGCUGGGCCGGUUCUGUCAGGAAGCCGGGUUCGGGACUCAGGUGAGCGACGUCCACCUGAUCAGCGCCAAGACCGGCUACGGCAUCGAAGGGCUGAUCUCCAGCCUGCAGAGGUCGUGGAAGUACAAAGGCGACGUCUACCUGGUGGGAAGCGCCAACGCGGGGAAGUCCACGCUCUUCAAUGCGCUGCUCCAGUCUGACUACUGCAAGUCCGGAGCCUCCGACAUCGUUGGCAAAGCCACCAUUUCCCCGUGGCCCGGGACCACUCUGAACCUGCUCAAAUUCCCCAUCAUCAACCCCACGCCGUACCGGAUGUUCCGACGCCACUGCCGUCUUCGGGAGUGUCGCCGGCAGACGGAGGACGACCUGUCGCCCGAUGAGCUGAAGUGUCUGAAAGACCUCCGCCGCCAGGGGUACUUAGUAGGUCGCGUGGGUCGAACGUUCCUGCCCCGAGUCGUUCACGGAACGAUCGCCUUCGAUCCUGACGCUUUAGCCUUCGGAGAGGAUAACGACGGCGAAACUGUGACAACGGGAAAACGAGAGGACUCCCCUGGCAAGUUGACGUAUAACGAGCUGAAAGAUGCACACUGGCUGUUCGACACACCGGGAAUCAUGAAGGAACGGGACGUCCUCGGUCUGCUCACCGGACAGGAAGUGAAGGCCGUGGUUCCGACGCGGGCCGUCGUUCCUCGCACGUAUUUGUUGAAGGCCGGGAUGAGUCUGUUUGUCGGAGGUCUGGCCAGGAUCGACUUUCUGGAGGGGGAGAAGUCCUGCUGGUUUUCCGUCAUUGCCUCCAGUCAAGUUCCGGUUCACGUCAGCAGCGUGGAAAAAGCGGACGCCGUUUAUCAGAAACACGGCGGACGUGAGCUGCUGGGGGUGCCAGCGGGAGGAACGGAGCGCAUGAAGAACUUUCCGGCGUUGACCCCUCAGGAUUUCCGGCUGGAGGGUCGAGGUCCCCUGGAGGCCGCCGCCGAUGUGAAGUUGUCGUCCGCAGGUUGGGUGGCGGUGACGGCGUUGGAGGGACAGCGGCCGCUGCUGAGGGUUCACGGGCCGCCCUCGGCCGCUUUUGGCCUGAGGACGCCGCCCCUGCUUCCUCACGUGGUUACCCUGAAGGGGGCGCGCAUCCCCAAGUCGUGCGCCUACAAAGUGCCGACGCCGGCGGUGUUGCUGGACGCCGGCCUGAGGCGCAAGAGCAAGACCGCCGGGAAGGACAAGAGAAAAGCAGCUGAUAAGUAACAAGAGUCUAAAACAGCUUGUCAAAUCAAGAAAACAUUUAUUUCAUCAAAGUCGAACUCCUAAAGUGUUGAUGUGGAAAGAAAAAGGAAAAAAAAAAGCUGAAACAUAAUAGCAGUUAUUGCAACCAUUUUCUUUUUCGGUUUAAUGGACAGUGUCCUUGGAAGGCGCUUACAAAUAAAAUGUUUCAUUAAUUCA